UGUAAUAUGAGGAACACACCAGGGGAAGCUGCCUAGCAACACACACGUCUUUAUGAAACGUUUCCAUGCUCGAGACACAGAGAGCGACAGAGAGAGACGGACGGACAGACGGACAGAGAGAGAGCGAGAGACAGACAGAGAGACAGAGCGAGAGAGACCAACAAGUGUCAUGUCAUUCUCGUUCAAAGAGAAGUGUGGGACAUGGAGGGGAUGACGUCACCCAACCAACCAACCGGGUGGCAUUCCAACCGGAGGAGGGGUGUGUGUGAUGGGGGGUUACACCAUCUAAAUUCCUCAGUCCUGGAGUCAGGAUGUGAGACGCGUGGGGAAAAAAAGCCGAACCCCCACAUCUGUUUGCCGAGGAGGAGGAGGAGGUUUUGUUUUCUCCAGACUCGCUGCUGAAUCAGUUUGGCGGAGGAGGCGAAUAGGAGCCACCAUGUCUUCCAGCUCCUCCCGGAGACAGUCGUGUUAUCUGUGCGACCUCCCCCGCAUGCCCUGGGCCAUGAUCUGGGACUUCAGCGAGCCCGUCUGCCGCGGCUGCGCCAACUACGAGGGCGCAGACCGGGUGGAGUUCGUUAUCGGGACCGCACGGAACCUUAAGAGAGCGCACGGCGGAGCGACCAAGGUGGCGGCCAGAGAGGCGGGCGGCCCGACGAGCCACAGCGACGGAGCGGCCAGACCGCUGCAGGCCGGUCUGGACCGCUACUGUCUGGGCUCUGACGGUCGGACUCGGUUCGACUACGGCAGCAGACUGUCCAACGGACCGGCGGCUCCAAACGGCUUUCCUAAACCAGACGACGGACCUCCGGAACUGAACCGACAGAGCCCGAACAGAAGCAGAAGUCACGGGCUGGUGUCCGUGUCCGGACCGCUGAACGUCCCUCCAAACCUCCUGCCGCAGACUCUGCCGAAUCGAGCCGCCCUGUCGUGCGAGCAGGGAGGGAAGAGACCGGGCUCAGUGUCCAGUACGGAGCAGGACCAGGAGCUGAAGGAGAAACAGAGGAACGCGGAGGUUCUGAUGGAGCUGAGUGAGAGCCUCCGGAACCGGCAGGAGGAGUGGACCAACAAGCCCAAACUGGUCCGGGAGACUCUGCUCACCCUCUCUGGCUGCAGUCCGUUUCACGUCCGCUUCAAGAAGGACCACGGCCUGCUGGGUCGCGUGUUCGCCUUUGACGCCGUGUCCAAAGCCGGACUGGACUACGAAUUAAGGAUUUUCAUCGAGUACCCCACCGGCUCCGGUACCGUGUUCUCCAGCGCCUCGGGCGUGGCCAAGCAGAUGUACCAGGACUGUAUGAAGGACUUGGGACGCGGUCUGUCGUCUGGCUUCAAGUAUCUGGAGUACGAGAAGAAACCCGGUUCCGGAGACUGGCGCCUGCUCGGAGAAUUACUGCCGGAGCCGCUCCGCUUCUUCAAGGAGGCGCUGGGUGGAGAUAUGCUCCCUCAGCCCCACGUGGACGGCAGCUGCCCCCUCCUGCCCACCUCCCUGCUCCUGUCCGGCCGCGGUCCGGCCUCCGGCAGCGGCGGUAGCCCAGCCCGCGCCGGCGUGCGGAAGAGAAGAGCGUCCCCGGAGCCGGACUCCGCCGAGGAGCAGCACAGACAGUGGAUGACUGCAGGCUCCUUCUCCGCCUCUCACUGCGGACCUCCUCCUCUGGGUACCGGUCCCGGACACUCCGUCCACUCGAGCCGCACCACGCCCCCCGAGUCCGCACCGCCGCACAGCGGCCAGUCGCCCAUGGCCGCGCUCAUGUCCGUCGCGGACACACUGGGGAAUGCGCACUCCCCGAAGGAUAGAGACUCCGUUCACUCCACUACCUCCUCAUCCAGACACGCCAGCAGCAGCAGCCCGUCGUCCCCCGCCUCCGCCUCCGGACAGAGGAGGCUGGCCUCCCGCAGCGCGGAGCUAGAGCUGGCCGGAGGGGGCGUGCCUUCCCACUCCAGCGGCGGGAGCGCGCACUCCGGCAUGGAGCAGACACACGCGUCCCCCGCUCCCGACUGCCCCAUGGCGGCCAACGGGGCACUUUGCUGCACCAUCUGCCACGAACGGCUGGAGGACACGCACUUCGUCCAGUGUCCCUCCGUCCCCGGACACAAGUUCUGUUUCCCCUGCUCCCGAGAGAGCAUCAAGGCUCAGGGCGCCUCCGGGGAGGUCUACUGCCCCAGCGGGGACAAAUGCCCCCUGGUCGGCUCCAACGUGCCCUGGGCUUUCAUGCAGGGCGAGAUAGCCACAAUCCUCGCGGGAGACGUGAAGGUAAAAAAGGAGAGAGACCCGUGAUGACGGCCCGCAACAAAGCAGAGCACAAGACAGGUUAGGAGCAGGACCUACAUGUGAAUAUCAAUAGGACCUACAUGUGAAUAUGAAUAGUGGAACCAGCAGCGCGCCGCCGCUGCCGCUGUCUGGCCGAGACGCCGCAGGCUACAGUAAGUGUGUGACGUCAUGUCACGUGGGAGGCUGACGUAACGCGUGUAGACAGACACGGGGACAUUUAAAACGUUACUUAUUUUUUAUCAAAGGCCUUUAAACUAUUUAACAAUAUUAAAUAGUUUAAAGGCCUUUUACGAAAAAUGAUGUCAUGUUUUUGGAUUAUUAAAUAAUUUAAAACAUUGUUUUAUUUUUAUAAAAGGCCUUUAAACUAUUUAAUAGUACUUUUUUGAAACGUAAAACCUUUUUAAUUGAAUGUUUUCUCGGUUCAGUCGCUCUCAUCCAGCCAGCCCAUUGGUUCACGGGGGACGUGACGGAGGCUGGACCGGAAGCUGGCGUAGUCAUGGACCUUUUUAUUUCCGUUCUGUAGUGACAGAAAAAGAAGACCACAUGUUGUAACGUGCCUUGAGCUGACUUAAUGCUAAUAAAUUUGGUUGAUA